AGCAGUUUCUGGCUGUCCUGCCCGUUGGAAAUGCAGAAGUGGGUGGGUUGCCCUGAGACCUGCAGCCGGGCGGUGGCUCUUGCAGAGGAUUUUCUGCUGAGGCGAGGAGAGGCCAAGACACAGGAAGAACAGGAGCUGGGCCUAAUCCAGGAGGUGGCGGUGAGCUUUGCAGAGGCCGAGCGAACUGUGUCCGAAACUGCUCCGAGGCGUCUCAUCAGAGAGGCUGGGAAGGGGAAGGAGAACAGUUUGCCAGGUGGUGAUGUCUGGAUGAGUGACAGCGAUGGGGAGCCACAGCGGAUGUGGUCCAAAAGAGCCCGUAGUCUAGAGCUGGAACAGAGUUUUUUAAGUGAUGGUGGAUCCAAGAGAGACAAUGGAAGGGGAGACUGGAGGAGGGAAGCCACUGCAGGCCCAGAAGGCUCAACCUGCGAAAUAGUCCCGCAACAACAGAUACGCAAAGGAAAGGGAAGGAGUUUGUGCACUUUGUGUGAGAAAAGCUUCAGCACUAAAUCGAGUUUUAAUAGGCACCAGAGGAUUCACACAGGAGAGAAACCGUACAAGUGCUUGGACUGCCAAGAAAGCUUUCUUGCCAGAUCCAACCUCAUUAGGCAUCAGAGGAUCCACUCGGGAGAGAAGCCGUACAAGUGCUCGGACUGCGGGAAGAGGUUCAGUCGGAGCGCGAACCUCAUUACCCAUCGGAGGAGCCACACUGGAGAGAAGCCAUAUAAAUGCUCCGGCUGUGGGAAGACAUUUAAUCAGAGCACGCACCUCAUGAGGCACCAGAGGGCGCACCUGAGGGGAAAGCUGUACGAGUGCGCAGACUGUGGGAAGGGGUUUGCUCACGGGACAGCUCUUAACAAUCAUCAGAGAAGCCACACCGGAGAGAAGCCGUAUGAGUGUUUGGACUGCGGCAUGAAAUUCCGCAAUAAAUCAAGCCUUAAUAGACACCAGGGACUUCAUACGGACGGAAAAUCGUACUGGUGCCCAGACUGUUGGAAAGGAUUCAGUCGCUCUUCGGUACUAGCCAGACAUCGGAAAAUGCAUUUGAGUGAGAAGCCAGGCCCCUGCUCACACUGUGGCAAAUCCUUCCUUAGCACAUCGGACCUUACUGUACACCAGAGAAUCCACACAGGAGAGGACGUUGUGUAAAUUCCCAAGGGCUGUGGGAGAGAGAUUCUUUCAGAAACGUGCACCUUACUAGAAAUCAGGGAAUUCUCAUGGGACAGGGGGCAUAAGGCUAGCUCACACAAUAGCCUGGGAAGGAGCAGGUACCCAGGGUUGACGCCAUGGCAUCAAUAGUUGCCAUUGUCCUUGCCAGUAUCUCCAGUGGCACCUGUAAAGGUAAAGGUAAAGGCACCCCUGACCGUUAGGUCCAGUCGUGGCCGACUCUGGGGUUGAG